GAGACCAGAGAGAAGCUGCCCAGAGCGUGGUCCGAGCCAACCUGCUGCGUCAGCCACGAAGGGCGGAGCAGAAGCUUCCACCAAGUUGCCACAGGUCGUCCCGGCCAGAGGCUCACACAAAGCCUCUGAAGCGACAGCUGCCGCAAUCUAUUCGCAGUCCUUCAAACAGGUAUCUACGGAUGCCGCAGACAAGCGCAGGUUGUACAGGUCGAGUCAGAGUCUACCUGCAAUAAAAGUCAAGCAACGGAGCCAGCCAGACCUGCCUUCGCGCAAGUGGCGUCCGCCGUGCUAG